AUGGGUGGAUCGCAUUCAAAACGAAGGGGCUCUAGAAGCUCUAGGCAGCGUUCUUCAUCUUCUUCGAGGUCAAAUCCUAUGUUUCCUCAAUAUCAAUCUCCUUAUUUGCCACAAACACAAGAUCAUGGGGUAAUGGGGUAUAAUUAUGAGACUCCGCCUCCUCCUCAAAGCUAUGGUGGUAGUGUUGCUCACCAACAAAGUAAGAGUUCGGGCAAAAAGUUUACAACGAUAGGUGAUAAUUAUAGUAGUUUGGAACAGGUAACUGAGGCUCUGGCAAGUGCUGGUUUAGAGUCUUCCAAUCUCAUUGUUGGUAUCGAUUUUACAAAAAGCAAUGAGUGGACAGGUGCAAGGUCAUUUCAAAGGAAAUGCCUUCAUCACAUCGGGCAUGAACAAAAUCCGUAUGAACAAGCUAUAUCUAUCAUUGGGAAAACACUGUCCUCCUUUGAUGAGGAUAACUUGAUUCCCUGUUUUGGAUUCGGAGAUGCUUCAACACAUGACCAAGAAGUUUUUAGUUUCAAUGCCGAGGAUAGAUUUUGUCAUGGGUUUGAAGAAGUUUUGUCACGUUAUAGAGAAUUGGUCCCUCAAUUAAGGCUUGCAGGACCCACAUCAUUCGCCCCCGUCAUUGAGAUGGCAAUCACCAUAGUUGAGCAAAGUGAAGGCCAAUACCAUGUUUUAUUGAUUAUAGCAGAUGGGCAGGUGACAAGAAGUGUUGACACAGAGCGAGGACAAUUGAGCACACAAGAAAGAAAAACUGUAGAAGCAAUUGUGAAAGCUAGUGAAUAUCCUCUGUCAAUCAUACUAGUUGGAGUUGGAGAUGGGCCAUGGGACAUGAUGAAAGAAUUUGACGAUAACAUACCUGCUCGAGCAUUUGAUAAUUUCCAGUUUGUGAAUUUCACCGAAAUAAUGUCAAAGAAUAUGGAUCGGUCUAGAAAGGAAGCCGACUUUGCACUUUCUGCAUUAAUGGAAAUACCUUCACAGUACAAGGCAACACUAGAACUUAAUAUAUUGAGCAAUCGUAGAAGGAACGACAUACACAGGAUUCCUCUACCACCACCUCAAUAUGGAACAUCAUCUUUCAACACCCCAAAAUCUUCCAAUCAAAACAAUUUUCGCCCCAGCGCACCAUCUCACAACAAACCAAGUGUUGUCACAAACCCCCAUGCAAGUUCUGCUUCUGAUAAUCAGUUUUGUCCCAUUUGCCUUUCCAAUCCAAAGGAUAUGGCCUUUGGUUGCGGGCAUCAGACAUGCUGCGAGUGCGGUCAAGAUCUUGAGCUAUGCCCCAUUUGCAGGAGUAACAUUGAUACUAGAAUAAAGCUUUAUUAG